AUGGAUAAGUAUGUCACAAGAUCGAAAAUUGGGCAUCCAAGUUCUAGCUCUACUCAUCCAUCUACCGCUUCAACCAUAGCUCCGAAAAUUCAAAGGAAAACAUUUAUUUCAGAUGUUGAUUUAGAAUCUCUUAAAGCUGAUCCGGGAAUUAGAAAGCCCAUUGCAGAAUAUAAUCCUAAUAUACGUGAUGAUAUUAGGAGAUAUUAUAUUCUUAAAAAGCCUUGCCAACCUAAGGAUCAUAAAUUUCCUAAAACUAAGUUUGGGAAGGAAAUGCGGCAUUUUUUUCCUGAUUGGUUUAAUGGUCGUAAGUGGUUGGAGUAUAGCAUAACAAAAGAUGUUGCAUUUUGUUUGUGUUGCUAUUUGUUUAAAAAUGAAUGUGAAAGUCGUGGAUAUGUGGUUGAUGCUGCUUUCACAAAGACUGGCUAUAGAGCUUGGAACAAAGCUAUUGAAAGAUUUAGAGCUUAUGUUGGAGAUAUAAAUAGCAUCCACAACAAGUGUUUCAACAAGAUGCUUGAUUUGAUGAAUCAAUCACAGUCAAUACGCACUUCCUUUGAUAAAAAGUCCAAGAAAGAAAAAAGUGAGUCUCGGCGUCGCUUGAGUGCUUCAGUUGAUGUGACAAGAUUUCUCUUGAAAUUAGGAAUAUCAUUCCAUGGACAUGAUGAGAGUUGA